ACCAAAGCUUGGCGUGUGUUGACGUAACGACAAGGGACAUGUUAAUGAAUUACUAAUGUAGGCUUUUGUUUGUUCCGGGUUGUUAAAUAAAACAGUGGAGCAGCAAAAGAAGAUAACGCAAGGACUUUUGGCCCAUCGUCACUUCCGCUUCUCAUUGAUUCAACCAACGGCGAGUUCACUUCGGUCACAUUGUGGCGAUUGAGUGAAUUUUAAAGACAUGGUUCACAAGAAAGAGCCUGAAUCAGAGCCUCGGCUUUAUGGCUUUUGCAGAACAGCGUCUGUUGUGUUGACCCACCUCAUCUGCUUCGGCUUCACUGUCUUCAUCUCAGUUCUCUCUCGACCCGGUACAAGUUGGUUUUCUUGGCAUCCUUUCUUGAUGACACUAGCUUUCUCCUUCUUCAUGACAGAAGCCAUACUCCUCUUCUCACCUGAGGGCUCUCCUAUCAAAAGUUUUUCACACAAAACCAAAGGUGGUGUUCACCGGCUCCUGCAGGGCCUCUGUGCUUCUUGUGCAGUCCUGGGCUUUGCUGCCAUCUUUUAUAACAAACACCUGAAUGGUAAACCCCACUUCACCUCGUGGCACGGUCUGCUGGGCCUGCUGACAGUGUGUGUGGUCAUUGCGCAGUCCUUGGCAGCAAUGCCUCUCAGUUAUCCUUCUCUAGCCAAAGGCUGGUCCCUCGCCAAACUAAAGCGCUACCACGCAGCGUCUGGACUCAUCACCUACCUGCUUGGCAGUGCCAGCAUGCUCCUGGGCCUCUGCUCUGUGUGGUUCGCUGGAGCUGUCAGAGAAUACGCCUGGUACCUGUCAGCACUCUGCCUGGUGCUCAGUGCCUUUGUCAUAAUGAACCAAGUCUCCAGAUCUUACAUGGCUAAAAAACGGUUCCAGUCCUGAUGUAAAAGAACUUAAGAUGAGCUAGCCUCACAGAUUAAAUUUAUUUGAGUUGGAUGAUAUUUUUUUUUUUAAUUGAUUUACGUGGAGGGCAAAAGGUGCUGGUUUUUGCCGCUGUGUGCCUCCCUGAUGUUUUUUUGUUUGUUUGUUUUUGAAGAAGAAAAGGCACUAUGUGUGAUUAACGAAAUCCUUUUUCAAUACGCAUGGAACCAGAGCUGCAAUUAUAGACACUGAGGUCA